CUCAUUGUUGAUCUCCAUAAGGAACCUGUAACUUCCACAUUUAUUUUUCUAUUGUUUUCUCCACACUUAUUAUCUUCCAUUUCCCUAUAUAAAGCCUCCUUUGGUCCCUUCUCCCCCCAUCUUUCAUCGAAUUGAUAUUCCAAACACAAACAUGGCAAUGAAGAAGCUCUUGUGGGUUGUUCUGUCCCUUGCUUUGGUUCUCGGAGUGGCCAAUAGCUUUGACUUUCAUGACAAAGAUUUGGCAUCCGAGGAAAGCUUGUGGGACUUGUACGAGAGAUGGAGGAGUCACCACACGGUUUCGCGAAGCCUCAGUGACAAGCACGAGAGGUUUAACGUGUUCAAAGCAAAUGUGAUGCAUGUCCACAACACUAACAAAAUGGAGAAGCCUUACAAGCUGAAACUGAACAAGUUUUCUGACAUGACCAACCACGAAUUCAGGAGCACCUAUGCUGGCUCAAAGGUGAAUCACUACAGAAUGUUCAGAGGCACACCACGUGGGAACGGGACCUUCAUGUAUGAGAAAGUUGGCCCUGUCCCUCCAUCUGUAGAUUGGAGGAAGAAAGGUGCUGUUACUGAUGUAAAAGAUCAAGGCCACUGUGGUAGUUGCUGGGCGUUUUCAACCGUUGUAGCUGUCGAAGGCAUUAACCAAAUCAAGACAAAUAAGCUAGUCACCUUGUCUGAACAAGAGCUGGUGGACUGUGACAACAAAAAAAACUCAGGAUGCAAUGGUGGGUUAAUGGAAUAUGCUUUUGAGUAUAUCAAGCAAAAGGGAGGCAUAACAACAGAAAGAAAUUACCCUUACACAGCACAAAAAGGAACCUGUGAUGCAUCAAAGGAGAAUGACCAAGCUGUGUCAAUUGAUGGCCAUGAAAAAGUCCCUGCUAACGAUGAAAAUGCAUUGCUCAAAGCUGUUGCCAACCAACCUGUCUCAGUAGCCAUAGAUGCUGGGGGAUAUGAUUUGCAGUUCUACUCUGAGGGAGUAUUUACUGGAUAUUGUAGCACAGAGCUAAAUCAUGGUGUAGCGGUUGUGGGGUAUGGAACAACUGUUGAUGGGACUAGUUACUGGAUAGUGAAGAACUCUUGGGGACCAGAAUGGGGAGAAAAGGGUUACAUAAGAAUGCAAAGGAAUAUAUCUAACAAAGAGGGACUAUGUGGCAUAGCUAUGGAGGCUUCCUACCCGGUCAAAAACACCUUCAAGAAUCCAACAAGUCCUUCAUCAUCUAUUAAAGAUGAACUUUGAAAUUUGAUUGCUUCCCACAAUAUUAAAUUCUCAUCAGUAUUGGUUGUUGUUUUCUAGCACGCUAGGAAUUGCCCCAUUUCCAUGUCAACUAAUAUUUGUAUCUCAGAUUCAAUUCUAAUGUAUCCAUCUAAUAUAGUUCUGCUUAUCACAUCAUAAAGAAAUAAACAUUUCAAUUUGAAUGGACUGCUA